CCAUUUUUCCCGUUUUUUUUUCUUCCGAAUUUGACGGAUCUGUGAAAAUUUUUUCCAGUUUUGUGCAAAAUCUCUCAAAUUAGUGAAUUAGUCGACACGGUGGCAGGAUGGAGAGUCGAAUAAUAAAGCAAAAUAUCGAGGAACUUUCAUCAGUGGCGGAUAAUAGGGCAAUUUAUAGGAUUCUCACGAAAAUCCGAACUGACGUGAAGACGCGUGAAAAUAUUGAGAUUUUCCUCACAGAAGGGGGACUCAGCCCCCUCAUUGAGCUCAUAAAGAAGCCAAAUGAGAAAAUCAUCGAUGUCUCUCUCAGUAUCCUUGGGAAUUGUUGCACAGUGGAGAAAUGUGCCAAAAAGGCGGGUGAAUUGGGUGUUGUUGCUCCUCUGAUCUUACUCCUGAGCACCAUGACCAGUGACAGUAUUCAAUGCCGGGUUUGUCGCAUUCUGGGCAAUAUUGCAGCUCUUGAUGGUAUCGCUGAGGCAAUUUCUUCCCGUGGCGUCUCGAGUAUUCUCUUGACAAUUCUCGAUGAUACAAAGCCUAUUGCUACCCUGGUUAUGGCUGUGCGUCUUGUCAGUAAACUGUGGAAAAUACAAUCAUUCCGAAUGGAAACUUGUAAGAAUGGAAUGGCUAAAAGGAUGAUGAUGAUUCUCAUCAAGCAUUCACGCAAUGUUGGAGUUCCAACUGCUGUGGUUGCCAAAGAGCCAGAUGCUCUGGCUAAAAUGCAUCCCAAGAAGGAAUUUCGUGAAAGUACCCGAAAAAUGUUCAAUUCGAUGGUGAAGAAUCUUGAGAAUGCCCGGAGUGAUGUAUUUGACUAUAGUGUCUUGGGGAAGGAUCAGCCACAAGAUAUGAAGACUGAGGAAUUUCUUGCACCAACGGAACCUGAUAAAUGUGAUCUUUUCAAUGGGAUCCUGCGAUGCCUGCAAAUGAUGGUGAAGGAUGAGAAAGUGUUUAUGGAUCAUCAGAUAAAUGCCGAUGGGAAUGGCUUCAAGUGUCUAAUGGCACUGUGCAAGGGUCAAUUCAGAGUUCUAGUCCUAUCAAUUCUGUCUGCAUUGGCCUUUGAACAAUUUACGCGAUACGAUAUGGGAUGUGCCCAUGCUGUAUCCAUGGCCAGUGAAUUGCUCCAGUGCUACAGUUCGGGUGAUCCUGACAGUUUUCUAACGGACCUAGAAGUGAGAUGCUGUGUCAAUAUCAUAUGCUUACUGGCCAGUGAAGCAUGCAAUAGAGCAAAAAUUCGUCAUAGCGAUGCCCUUAAGAUUCUUCUGCAGCGUUUCCGGGAGACUCAGUGUCGGCAGGAAUUGGAUAUGAUCAUGUACGGUUUUACAUUCUUCAAGUAUGACCAGAUGAGUAUAUGUUUGUUGGUGCGGGAAGGUUUAAUUGGGGCUCUGAUUAAGAGAUUGACGGAGGAGUUGGUGGAAGCUAAGGUGGAUCAUGUACCCAUUAAAAAGCCCAUUGAAAUCAAAUUGGCCAAGAGGAAGAGGUUCAAGGCUUCAGAUAUUGACAUAAUCAUGAAGCGUUUGAGGAGCAAUAGUCCCAUGUGCUCGAAUUUCGCCGAACCGGGUUCGCCGAACAGCAGCAGCGGCAUGAAUGCCAAUCAUGGCAGUCCGAGUAGUUUCUGCAGCAUCUCACCCAAGAGUGCUUCACCGCGGAGCACAGAUUUGGAGUCUGACGAUGAAUCAGCCACAUACUCGCCCGUGUGCAGUGACAGUGACGAAGACAUGCCACUGAGGAGAGCCAAGGAAAAACGAGAUUUGCCAGCUGUAGAGAUUGCCGUGGUGGAUGUCGAUGAGAAUACCACAGAGAGUCUCGAUGUAGGCUUAAUUGAUAUUGAGCCAUCGACACAUGAGAAUGCCCUCCUGGAAGCCAUGGUGGAGAAGGACACAAAAGAAAUUGAAUCAGAGAUAUCGACUAUUCAGCGAAUUCUUCUGCUACUGCGAGAUAUGCCACGGAUGCUGCCUCAUGCUCCCGAACUGGCCAAAAUGGAGAGUUUGACAGCUCUCAUAAAAACAUGUCGUUUCAUCUCUAAUCCCCAAGCCUACUGCAACAACAUUCUCUACUUCGUGGUUCAGGACACAAAGAAUUUCGUUCCAUUGCUGCAAAAUGACUUUGUCAUUGAUGUUUACAAACUCAGGCAUACAGGAUACGAUCAUACAGACUGCCAAUCGUGUCAGGAGAUGAUAUCAAUUAGCAUCUCAGUUCUGAGUGCUCUGACGGGGAUUGCAGAAUCGGGAUAUGGACGUGGGGAAUUGGCUCACUAUCUGCUCACUGGGGAGCAAGAGAUGAGAAAACAUGUGGCAAUCCUAACGACAUUUAUUAUCCGGGAACCCAAAUUCCUCUACACCUUCCUGGUGGAUCACAGUGCUCUCUACACCAUCAUGGAGAUUAUCCUGACGGACGAUAAGGAAUUGGGCGAAAAGGCGUGCCUGGGCAUUACUGCCCUGGCGAACAAUCUUAAUAUCUGUGAUAGCAAUGACACGGAUAAUUCUGACCAUCCCACGUACGACGAGGAAAACUACUCUACAGCUUGCGAUGGGGAUGCAAUCUCAUUUGUGGUGAAAGAUAGUCAAAGGGUGGACUUUAGCGAAAACAUCUUGAAGCACAUUAGCGAUGUUUUCUACUCAAUGCUCACCAGUGACUUCAAGGAGUCCAUCAACAGGGAAAUUCACAUUGCAGACAUCAGUGUGGCUGGAAUCAAGUACUUCCUCAAUUUGAUUAUGCUCAGUCGAUCAGAUUCCUUGGAAAGUGUCCCUUUGGCAUUUUCCAUGACGCCCGCUCUCGAAGCCUACGAGCUCUCUAUCCGGUACAUGCUGUCGGACAUUGAAACUGCCCUUUUGGGUGUCAUCCGGAAAAUUGUCAGUGAAAUUAAUGUUCUCAGUGUCUUUGAAUGGGCAAUGAUGAACAACAAUCGUCAAUUGUUAGAAAUUUCUGUUUAUUACUACCUCAGUUCGGACAUUUGUGGCAAGAAAAAGCUCUUGAUGUACCGUGAAGCGGAUCUAUCAGAGUAUGGGACUCAGUGGAAUCAGCUCAUUCUGGAUACCAUUGUGGACAAAUGUGUGGCAUCGAUGGAAGUAUCAUAGGGAUCUCAAUGGAAGGGUUGUCCAUUCUUCAUGCGACCCACCUCAAAUUCAAUCAUCAUCUCACCAUAACCACUCGUUGGUAGAGUAUCGGCGAUCCACUUGAUGGUGAGAUAGUGACUGGAGCCCUCAUGAUGGCCCACCUUGAUGAAUGUCUUGUACUCUGUCGGCUUCACAGGGCACCACUUUCCAUUUCCACUGGCAGUCAAUGCACGAUGCUCGCACAGAUCCUGCUGAUUCAUGGGCACGUAUUUACCGGACUUCAACUUGAAGAACCGUUCGAUCUCGAGACUUACCUAUAAGUUACGGAAUAAAUAAAUAUUGAUUGUAUUGGAUGAAAUAAAAUUUAAUUGACUUUUGUAGUAAAACAA